GAAUAUCAACAUUUGCAUAAAACCACAUUUGUAAAAAUGAAUACACAAUACAUUAUUUUGCAUAAUAAUUAAGCAACGUCAAUAAAGAUGCCCUCUACUUUUUUCCUCAAAGCACCUUCAUCAAGAUUACCGGUAGCAAGGUGAUAGGGGUUACCUAAGUAUACUUUAACCCAAUAUUUUACUGAAAGUGUUUUGCAAUUGAUCUAGUUUUAUAAUGACAUAAUUGAAACAAGAAUCAAAAGAUCACAUCAAUAGCAGUAGAUGGUGAUAGUGCUUACCAUUAUGGAUAUGAGAACUUUAAGAACAGAAGAUGAAAAAGUUGAAACACUAGAAUUAGAUUUAUCAUCUCAACAACUUUCAAGUUUACCAGAUUAUUUAUUAGAUCUUCAAAAUACUACUUCAUUAGAUCUCAACUUUAACUAUUUAUCAACAAUUCCUGGAGCUUUGUGUAAUAAACUCAAAAAGUUGACUUGUCUUUCAAUUUCUGGGAAUGGCAUAACUACAUUACCAAAUAAUAUUGGAGAUUUAACUGAAUUAACAGAAUUGCAUUUGAGUGAAAAUACAUUACAUGAAUUACCGUCAAGUUUUUCACAACUUAGCAAUUUAAAAAUUCUUAAUUUAAUGAGUAAUUUACUUCAAGCGUUUUCUUGUGUUAAUGGUUUACAUUCUCUGACAGAAUUAAUUUUAGAUGAAAAUUGUAUAACAUUUCUUCCCGAGAAUAUUGAUUGUUUGGUGAAUUUACAGCGAUUUGAAGCAAGUUAUAAUUAUAUUAGUGCCUUACCUGAAAGCUUUGGGAAUCUUUCUAAAUUAAAAUGUUUAAAUUUAAGCAAAAACUCAAUACAGGAAUUGCCAGAUUCAUUUAAUAAUUUAUCAUCACUUGUAGAUUUAGAUUUAUCUGAUAAUAAAUUGAAUAUUUUACCACAAAACUGUAAAUCAUCACAUUUGUUAGAAAAAAUUUUUUUAGACAACAAUAAUUUAGUUGCAUUACCACUAUGGUUUAAUAAUUUAAAAUCUAUUAUGCAUAUAUCCCUUAAAAAUAAUAGUAUUAAAGGUAUGCCAUUUUUAGAAGAUUUUGGAAAUGUGAGCAAAAAAUUGAAACAUUUUGAUUUAGGAGGAAAUUGCAUUGAUACUUUACCAGAGAGUUUUGGCAAUUUGGAAAAUCUUGAUUUUAUUGAUAUGGGAAGUACAGCUGAUGAAGUGGAACGAUCAAGACAUUUACAAAAUGGAAAUUUCCUUAAAUGUCUUCCAAUGAGUUUUGGAAAAUUAUUUAAUUUAAGCCAAUUAUAUUUAGAUGAAAACUCUAUAGAAAGUUUACCAGAGAAUUUUGGAGAUCUUGUAAAUUUGCAAUAUUUGGAUCUUUGUCAUAAUAAUCUUCUUUAUUUACCUGAGAGUUUUGGAAAAUUGCAAUCUCUUGAAGUUUGUUUGUUUUCUAUUAACUAUAUUGAAUGCUUACCUGAAAAUUUUGGACAGUUACAGAAGAUGACAGAAUUAAGGCUUGAUGAUAAUCGAUUAUGUGAAUUGCCAAAGUCAUUCUGUGAACUUCAAGAAUUAAGAACAUUAGAUUUGUAUAAAAAUAAUCUUAAAGAAUUACCUAAGGCAUUGAAAUUUUUGACAAAAUUGAAUCGUUUAGAUAUUUAUGAGUUAUGUGAAUUGCCAAAGUCAUUCUGUGAACUUCAAGAAUUAAGAACAUUAGAUUUGUAUAAAAAUAAUCUUAAAGAAUUACCUAAGGCAUUGAAAUUUUUGACAAAAUUGAAUCGUUUAGAUAUUUAUGAGAAUAAUUUUGAAAUUUCUUGGGAAGAUUCAAUAGCUAGAACUUCAGAAAGAAGUAAAAUUGAAAAUUUAAAGAAAAACAAUGAUACUUCAAUUAAAAAUGCCAAGAAUAUUAAGGGUAAUUCCGAAAUUAUAUAUGAGGACUCACUGAGUAGUUCUUCAGAUAAAGAAACUGAGAAUAGUGACAAAUUUGAUAGCUCUACAAAUGGUAAACAUAACAAAAAUGUUGUUGAAGAAAAUGAAUUACAGUUUACACAAGAAGAAUUAAAUAGGAUAAAAUGUGCCUUAAAAGAAGGUGCAUCAUUGUGGAGACAACAUCGGGAUGGAUUUUUAAUUAAUCAUAGUCAUCAGUUAAUUGCAGAAACAGAAGAACUAUGGGAUAAAGAUCUAAAUUUUGAAAAUUUUGAUCAACAAAUAAAUAAUAUGAAUGAAAAUAACUACUUUGAAAUGAAUUACUAUUUAGAUGAUGAUGAAAAAUGGGAUGAAAAUAUACCUUUAAAAUUUUCAGAGAUGACAACGCCCAAAAAUCCACAAGAUCAGUUUUUACCAUCAGAUAUUCAUCCACCACCUCUUGAAAGAGAAAUAAUUGAAUUAAUGAUUGAAGAUGGUCAGUUUGAUGAUGCAUUCUAAGAUAUUUAAGAAAAAUUUUUAAAAAUUAUGUUUUUAUGUUUUAAUUCUUUUAUUUUUUAAAAUAAUUUAAAUUUUAAAAAUGUGAAGCUACAAUACAGAGUGUAUUAUA